AUGUUUCGUGCGCCCAAUCCGUUUGAGGAGUUGGUCUUGAAGGCCACCGAUGAAAAUUUAACGGCAGAGAAUUGGGAACUGAACUUGGCCUUGUGCGAUAAGCUUGCAUCGAACCAUGAUGGGGAUGCGAGGUACUGCAUCAGUGCCAUCCAAAAACGAGUCGUACAUCGCAAUGCCAAUGUGCAGUUGUACGCCCUAACACUCACAGACACAUUGUCGAAAAACUGCGGAGAUGCGAUCCAUCAUGAGAUUGCUUCCCGCGCGUUUAUGCAGACGCUGACCAAGCUAGUGCGUGAUGCCAACACACAUACUCUUGUCAAGCAACGAAUUCUACGGCUUCUCAAGUCGUGGGCAGACGAGUACAAAAACGACGAUACGCUCGAGCUUGUGGCUGAAACUGUACGGGAUCUUCAUGAAGAGUACUACGAUCUUGACGAAGAACCGGCCUCCGCCGCGAACCAUACCGAUUUGCAGCGCCAAGAAGAGGAUGAGUUGCAGCGUGUUCUCGCCCUGUCCCUGGAGGACCAGGGGAGACGUACGGCUCAUACACCCAUGGUCACGCCUGGACCAUCCGCCAGUGGGUCAUCCAAUGCAGCGCCACCGCCACCGCCUACGGCGGUGCAAGCCGCUACGCCUGUCAUGCCCCCGACCGCUUCAUCCUCCUUGCACGAGAGUGCCCCCGCCGGAUCGGGUAGCCGUAUGGCAGUGCCGGCACCUAGCAUUGACCCAACAAGCGUGCCCGCACCGACGCAUAUGGCACGCCCUGCCUUUGUGCGGGCUGUGUACGAUUUUGAGCCGGACGAGCCUGGGGAGCUGGCUUUGAAGAAAGGGGACAUAGUUCGUGUUCUCGACAGUGUGUACGAGCAAUGGUGGCGUGGCGAAAAGCGGCAUGAAGUGGGCAUCUUCCCUGUCAACUACGUGGAGCCAAUGCCGGACGAUACACCGGACCUUAUUCAGCAAGAAAUGGAGUUGGAGCGUACCGUAUUUGCACACGCCUCGGAUAUUCAUAGGCUCCAUGCGCGAUUGCAGCGUAUCCAGCCACACGACAACUUUGUGGACGAUGACGAGCUGCAAGAACUGUACCAACGAUCUCUUGCGUUGCGGCCCAAAAUCAUCAAGUUGAUGGACAAGUACCACACCAAAGUCCAAGAACUCCGUGCGCUCAACGACAAAUUCGUCAGUGCGCGGUCGACGCUGGACGAUAUGAUCCAACAGCAUGUGCAAUAUACGUCCAGGAGCGUAUCUGACGGCCCGAGCGAUAGCGCUGCGUCCUCAACAUCUUUGCCAACAGGGCCUUCAGUACCUAGCAUGAUGCCUAUGGCCACAUCCACGCCCCCCAUUGUCGUGCAGCCACCGUCGACCGAUCCUACUCCAGCGUCGACAUACGAGGCCAACAGUGAGACGGCGCCAGAGGCCAUGCCCAUCCCACAUGAUGACGAGAAGCGACUUCUCUAUGAACGUGCACGGGCUGAAGUGGAAGAAUACCACCGGCAAAACCAGGCGGGCUCGUCGUCAGAGCCUAGUACGAGCGAGCUGCAUGGGCUAACGUGGCAAUCGUAA